GCUGCAGUGUCACCGCAUUUUAAUGGUAGUUGGUUUAAUGUUUGUUGUGUUUUGGAAGCAUGGCGAAUUUUAGCGAUGAUUUGUUCAGUGUUUUCGAGGAAAAUGAGGGUCAGGAUGAUUCCAUUCACACAAUAUCUUUACAUGAAGACUCUCGUGGAGAUGACCAUACUUCUCAAGACAGCGCUGAGUUUAAAGAUAUAAGUAUUACCAGACCGGCCUCUGACCAAGUGAAACGAGAUUAUGAAGAUGAGUUUGGAGGUGGAGAAUCUGACCACAAAAAACUGAAAAGGGAAACAAUCCUUGAUGACAUAAAUAUCAGUGAGCUGCAGUCACGAAUAAAGGUGCACACUGUGGAAACAUUAGAAGCAUGUACACAUGAAGUGGCUGUACCACCUAAUAUGGAGUAUGUUCCUCUCAAACAGAUAUCAACAAAACCAGCAAAGGAGUACAGAUUUAUUUUGGAUCCUUUCCAGAAGGAAGCUAUACUCUGUAUUGAUAAUAAUCAGUCAGUACUAGUUUCAGCACACACAUCAGCUGGGAAGACUGUUGUUGCUGAGUACAGUAUUGCCAUGUCACUUCGUGAUAAGCAGAGGGUGAUUUACACAACUCCUAUAAAAGCUUUGAGUAAUCAGAAAUACAGAGAGUUCUAUGAAGAAUUUAAAGAUGUUGGGCUCGUCACUGGAGAUGUUACCAUCAAUCCAUCGGCUAGUUGCCUCAUUAUGACAACAGAGAUCCUCAGGAAUAUGCUGUAUCGUGGGUCAGAAGUAAUGCGUGAAGUAGGCUGGGUUGUUUUUGAUGAAAUCCAUUACAUGCGUGACAAAGAACGUGGUGUUGUUUGGGAAGAAACACUUAUUUUGUUGCCGGACAAUGUACAUUACGUUUUUCUUUCGGCAACCAUCCCAAAUGCUCGUCAGUUUGCUGAAUGGGUAGCACAUUUACAUCGUCAGCCUUGCCAUGUUGUCUAUACCGAUUACAGGCCGGUGCCUUUACAGCACUAUAUUUUUCCUGUUGGUGGCGAUGGAAUUCACAUGGUUGUGGAUGAAGCAGGCCAGUUCAAGGAGGAUAAUUUCAACAAAGCAAUGGCAGUUCUGCAGAAUGCUGGAGAUGCGGCUAAAGGUGACCAGAGGGGUCGACGGGGUGGAAUGAAAGGCGAAACGAACAUCUAUAAAAUUGUAAAAAUGAUCAUGGAGAGACAAUUUGCACCAGUCAUUAUUUUCAGUUUCAGCAAAAAGGACUGUGAACUUUAUGCUAUGCAGAUGGCAAGAUUGGAUUUCAAUACUGCUGAAGAAAAGAAGUUAGUGGAUGAAGUAUUCAAUAAUGCAAUGGACGUUUUAUCCAAAGAGGAUCGUCAGCUUCCUCAGGUGGAAAAUGUUCUACCACUUCUUCGAAGAGGGAUUGGUAUUCACCAUGGAGGAUUAUUGCCAAUUUUGAAGGAAACUAUAGAAAUUCUAUUUGCUGAAGGUUUAAUAAAAGCUUUGUUUGCUACUGAAACUUUUGCAAUGGGUCUUAAUAUGCCUGCCAGAACGGUGUUAUUUACUGGCCCUCGAAAAUUUGAUGGAAAGGAUUUUCGUUAUCUUACAUCAGGAGAAUAUAUUCAGAUGUCUGGAAGAGCAGGUCGACGUGGUUUGGAUGAAAAAGGAAUUGUAAUCCUUAUGAUUGAUGAAAAAGUGAGCCCAGCUGUAGGCCGUGACAUUGUGCAAGGCCUGCCAGAUCCCAUAAACUCGGCUUUCCAUCUUACUUAUAAUAUGGUACUCAAUCUCUUGCGUGUGGAAGAAAUUAAUCCGGAAUAUAUGCUGGAGAGAAGUUUCUUCCAGUUUCAAAACCAGUCAUCUAUACCUCAUUUGUAUGAAAAAGCACAGAGGCUCCAGAAUGAACACGAUUCCAUUAUUGUUCCAAAGGAAGCCCAAGUGGCUUCAUAUUACAGAAUCAGGCAACAACUGGAACAGUUAGGGAAGCAGUUCCAUACAUUCCUCACAAAGCCUGAAUAUAUCACUCCUUUCUUGCAGCCAGGAAGGAUGGUAAAGGUAAAAAAUGAAGAUGAGGAAUUUGAAUGGGGUAUUAUUAUUAAUUUCAAGAAGGAAGGUGAGGCAACUCCAGGAAAGAAGAAGGGCAAUCCUAUGAAUGCACCCACCAUAGUUGUGGAUGUUUUGCUUCAUGUAGCUGAAGGGACUGGUGGAGCAGCCUCAGGCCAGCCCAAGCCGUGCCCAGAAGGAGAGGCUGGAGAGGUUGAAGUUGUUCCAGUUCUGCACACAUUGAUAUCAAAAAUAAGUUCUCUCCGUUUGUAUUAUCCAAAAGAUUUACGACCUCCAGAUAAUAGGAAAUCUGUUCUGAAAACAAUCCAGGAAGUGAAGAGACGGUUUCCAAAAGGCAUACCACUUUUGAAUCCAAUUACAGACAUGCACAUAAAGGAUAACAUUUUUGAAGAUGUUGUUAAAAAGAUUACAGCGUUUGAGGAAAGGCUGUAUGCUCACCCAUUGCAUGAAGAUCCAGAUUUAGAUGAACUGUAUGCUAUGUAUGAGAAGAAGUACCAGGUCGCUGAGGAGCUGAAGGCUGUUAAACAAGAAUUGAAGCAAGCAAAAUCAUUACUGCAGAUGGAUGAACUUAAGUGUAGGAAAAGAGUUUUAAGAAGGUUAGGCUAUUGUACAGCUGCUGAUGUAAUUGAAAUGAAGGGAAGAGUUGCAUGUGAACUGAGCAGUGGGGAUGAACUGCUUAUGACAGAAAUGAUAUUCAAUGGCAUGUUCAAUGACCUUUCAGUACCGCAGUCUGUUGCACUUUUGAGUUGUUUUGUGUGUGAUGAGAAGAGUUCGGAAAUGCCAAAGAGGUCAGAAGAGUUAGCUGGUCCCUUGAGACAAAUGCAGGAUCUGGCACGGAGGAUAGCAAGAGUCAGCGCAGAAGCAAAAUUAGAUGUAAAUGAAGAUAAUUAUGUAGAUCAAUUUAAACCGUUCCUUAUGGAUGUUCUGUAUGCAUGGUGCAAGGGAGCUACAUUUUUGCAGCUCUGUAAAAUGACAGACAUAUUUGAAGGAAGUAUAAUCAGAUGCAUGAGGCGCCUUGAAGAAAUUCUUCGGCAGCUGUGUCAAGCGGCAAAGAAUAUCGGUAAUACUGAUUUAGAAAACAAGUUUAGUGAGGGUAUCAAGUUAAUGAAAAGAGAUAUAGUAUUUGCUGCUAGCUUAUAUCUGUAACCAGGAAUGACUUCUAUGUGAAUAUUUUAGAAGUGUACAGUGACAAGAACAUAUUUUUGUAUAUUUUGUUGAUACGAAAAUUAACAUGUGUGAAAUACAUGCAAAUAUAUUUGAAGAGACUGUGACUUAUUUGCUGAAAAUAUUAUGGGAGACAUGUUGUGAUUCACAUUUUAUUAUAUAUUUUAGCUUUUGUAAGAGCGAAAGUAAUGUUUCCUGGAGCUGGGUGAUUUUGUGUAAAAAAUUUUAGUGACUUUACAGCAGAAAUAUUCUCUUUUCUGUAACUGACAAAAGUGAUUAGACCAGGAGGCUGUGCUGGCUGAGAAAUGGAAUGAACUAAGCUAACAGGAAAACACACCUCUAGCCUGUGGAAGUAAAUUUUUUUUCAGCACACAAUUGAAAUAGAUCAGAACAAAGUUAUUUAUUGGCAACAUAACAAAUAAUUCAGAACAGAACUUUGUCAGCUAUUUGUGACAAGACUGUGAGAUGUUGAUAAUAAUAUUAAAAACUGACUGGUUAUGUUUUGUCAAAGAACAAGUAUUUGUAGUAUAAAAAUGCUUAGAGAUAGUUGUGGUAACCCAAACCUAGCAAAAAGUGAGAGGGUUAUCAAAUGCAGAGCAAAGAAUAUUAA